AUGAGCUCCCACUCGUCCUCAACUUCCUUCCUCGUGCUCAUCAUCAACAAAGCCGGUGGGCUGAUCUACCAAAAGAACUAUGCCGGUACGUCACCACCACCACCACCACCACCACCAUGACCUCUCCCUGUCCAACCCCCACUUGCCCUGCUCCCCUCCGACUCUCAUCAACUGAAACCCCCCCUCUCUCCCCCCCUUUCUCUCAAAACAGAGGGACUCACCCCGCUCUCUUCAAACGAAUACCUCGUCCUCGCCUCGACGUUCCAUUCAAUCCACGCCAUCGCAACUCGCAUCUCCCCCGUCCCUCAUUCAUCAGGAAUCGAGACGAUCGAAGCCGAGGCGUUCAAGAUGACGUGUUUGCAAUCACCCACAGGUAAGUCUUUCUUCUUCCAAAAGAUCGCUUUAAUCUUCGAACGUACCCGUACUCACACCGACCUUUCGUCCGCGAUGGAAAAGGAACCAAAUUCGUACUGUUCACCACGCCCUCGCAUCCCCACCCGGACCUGGUCCUAAGAAGGAUCUACGAGACCUACGCCGACCACCUCAAAGACCCGUUCUACACCGUCGAAAUGCCGAUACGAUCCGAGAGGUUCGAUACCAAGAUGGCCGCAGUGAUCAGGGCGGGUUAA